AUGCUGAAGCGGACGACCGGCUCGAAGCGCCGGCCCCAGAUCCGCCACGAGAAUACCCAGCUCGGGACGGGCGCGGGUGUGACCGAAGGGCCGAUUGCGGUGCCUGGCCACAACGCGUUUCACGCCGGCGGAGCGAACACGGCUCCGCAGCCCGCCGCCUAUGCCCAGGGGCACAGCGAGGCGUACGCGCAGGUGCCGCAGGCUGCCUAUGCGCCUGCGCCUGCCGAGGUGCCGCAGGGCGGCCGGCCAUCGAUAGACUACACUGCGUCUGCACGGCCGUCGGUCGACUACCACGCGUCGGCGCGGCCGUCGGUCGACCAACACGCGUCGGCGCGUCCGUCGGUCGACGGAUACAACACACCGGCGUGGCCGCCUACUGAGGGAUACAACGCGAUGGCGCGUCCUUCGGUUGACGGAUACAAUACUUUGGCGCGUCCGUCGGUCGACACGUACGCCCCGAACGACGUGUAUGCGCAGUACGCCGUCACGCCGCGCGGGUCGGUCGGCGACACACACAGCGCGUACGCGGCGCAAGCGCGCGCGGCCGUGCCGGAGCGCCCGGCGCUGACGCCGUACGAAGAGGCGUUGCGUGCGACCGAGCCUGUGCCCGAGCCCGAGCCCGAGCCUGUGCCUGAACCCAAGACGGAGCCGGCGGCGCCGAUGCUCGGCGUGCGCGACCGCCUGCGCCCUGCGCCAUCCAUGUCGCGUGCGUCGCCACAGCCUGCGGCACUUGCGCCCCCCGCCGAUGCUCUGGAGGUCGGCUCGCUGACCAAGGAGCGGCAGCCGGCCGCCCUCGACGCGGUGCUGAGUGCGCUUGUCGCCGCGGGCCGCAAGCGCCAGACGGCGCGCAUUCUGCGUGGCGACAGUGACCCCGAUGAGAAGAGCGGCACGUCCCAGGUGAUGGUGCCCCAGGCGAGCCGCGUGAUCAACGACUACGUCUCGCCGUCCGACGAUCCCAAAUUCCGUGCGCUGAAUGCGGUGCUGCGCAAGCUCAAAGCCGAGUGGUCGUUUUUGAUGGACGAUGGAUUCAAUCCCCUGGCGCUCGUCCUGUCGCUCUUGCCAAACGGCGGCCUGCGCGAGCGCCUCGUCGACUUUACGUCGCUCAACUCGCUUAUUGAAGGCACGCUGCAAGGCACGCUCGACGACCACUACGAGUCGUUUGCGAUGGCCAUCACGGUGAACCACGGCAUGAUCCAGUCACUGGGCGAGGCGCAGGACCAUGUCUCUGGCACGCGUGCCAAGCUGCAAAACGCCCGCGACGCGCUCGGCGCGCGCCGUGCAGACCUUGUGCAAAUGUGGCAGCGUAUUCAGAGCGUCAAGGAGGCGAUGCGUGUCCUGGCGCUCAUCGAGCAGCUGCGCAAUGUACCCGAUGAGCUCGAGACACUAAUGUCCGAGAAGCAGUUCCUCCAAGCGACGCAGCUGCUGAUGCGCUCGCUGCGCAUGAUCCAGCGCGAGGAGCUCGUUGAGGUCGGCGCGACGGCCGAUCUGCGUACGUACCUGCGCUCGCAGGAGCACUCGCUGCUCGAGAUCCUCAUCGAGGAGCUGCACAACCACCUGUACCUCAAGUCGUACUACUGCGACGCGCGCUGGAAGAGCUACGUGCAAGGCCAGGACGCCCUCCCGGACGUUCUCUUUGGUGCAGACUACGCGCCAGAGGUCGACGGUGGCGCGCGGCCGACCAAGCUCGCGCGCUUCAUGCACCUCCUCCGCGGCCGCGUCGUGUACGAUGCGCCAGAGGCCGAUACGCACCUCGACCGGGACCUGGACCUGAGUGCCGAUGCGGACCACGAACUCGAGACGCAGGCCGAGCAUGCCGUCGACGAAAAGACAGCGCAGAACCCCGAAAAAGAUUCGUUCCUCUACCUCGAGAUGCUCCUCGAGAGCCUUGCGCGCCUCGGCAAGAUUGGGUAUGCGCUCGAGAUGAUUGGGCAGCGCCUGCCGUUUGAGGUGCACCAGCUCGUCGAUGCAACGAUCGACGAGGUGGACCGCCGCCACGAUCCCCACCGCCACACGAUGGCCGGUGCGGCGCGGUCCGAGUCGGUGUUCUUUGCGCCUUCUGCGCUCACCGCGUCCUUUAUGGAAGACGGCGUGCGCAAGUCGUUUUCCUUGCUUUCUGCCGCACAGCUCGCGGAAAAGAGCAAGACAAACCAGCACGAGCUGUCCGCGCUGCAGCGGGACAUGGACACGAUGCGCGACUUUUUCUGGACGCUCUUCUCCAAGCUCGAUGCCAUGCUCCAAGGCCACCGCGUCGUGCAGGACGUCGCGGGCGCCAUCUUUAGCCGCGCAGACGUCAAGGACGCCGCCGCGGCCGACCGCGCCUCGGCAGAGCUCGGCACGACGGCGCUGGCGCGUGUCUGGCAGGCGGUCGAGUACGAAGUGCGUGCGCUUUUGCACGACUACCUGUCCGAAGACACGCAGGCCGUUUCGUCAGCAAGCGUAUCUGCACCCUCGCUGAACGAGCUGCUGCGCACCAAAGGCUACGAGCGCGACAAGAGCCACACGCUCUUUCGCAUGGCCGACCUGCGCAAACAGCAGAAUGCCGUACGCCGCUCCGAAGACAAGGUCGACACAGCGCUGCGUACCUUUGUUCCGGGUCUCGUCGUGCAAGACGCCGGCCCGGCGAAUGCGACGUACCUCGUCAACACAAGCACGUCGACGCGCCCAGAUGAGUACACGGGCGCGGGCCACCGCCUCUUGGUGCGCCCGCUUACCUUUACCGUGUCGGUGCUCUUCCAGCCGACACUGGCGUUUAUCUCGCGCGUUCCGCACGUACUUCCCGAAGACGCCGCCGGCGCCUCGGCGCGUGGCUUUGGCGGCUUCCUGCGCGAGUUUGUGCAGCACAUGUUUUUGCCGAUGCUCGAAGAAAAGGUGCAGACUCUCUUGUCGACGGCCACCAACGUCCCCGAGGCGUUUGCCGCGGAGCCUGCCAAGCGCACGCACGCCGCGCGUCCGAUCGUGAAGAGCGUCGGGCAGGUGAUUGCACUGGUCGACAGUCUGUACACCAUGCUGCAGGUCGCGCCGUUCCACCGCGCGUCGUACUCGCGGCUGAUUCUGAUGGUCUUUGUCGAGUACUACGAGCGGUGCAACGAGCGCUUCAAGCAGCUCGUGUCGGAGGACGCGGACGCGACGCACAGCGGCGGCCCGUACGUGCUUGCGGCGACGUGGACGCAGCGCAAGGAGCUCUACUUGUGCCUCACCGAGGCGCUGACGGCCGAUCCGUCGAGCACGCGUGCGCUCGACAUCCGGUACGCCGAGUCGCAAAUCGAGCGGCGGUACGCGGCGGCAGCGCCGGUGCAACGCGCAGACCUUGUUACGUCGCGCAAGCGUAUUCUUGCGCUGGGCCAUUUGCAGUACAGCAUCCAGUUUAUUCUGCAGCAUAUGGCGCAUCUGCGUGCGACCGACGCCGACGACGAGCGCAGCGAGCGGGCGCUGGCCGAAAAUGAGCUGCCGCUGCCGCUCAGUGCGGCGCUCGCUAGCCGCUUUGACGAGAUUCCCCGGCUGUUUAGACUGCUUGGCCAUGUCGUGCUGAUGACGCUGCGCGUCGAGCUGCGCCUCAAGACGCUGUACUACCUACGCCUGGCGAUUACCGAAGGCGCGUACAUUGUCGACGCCGGCUCGCUCGAGCCGGACUCGCAUGUGGUCGAUCUCAACACGGAGCUGAGCGCGUACAACGACAUGCUCAAAGAGACGAUUUUGCCCGAGCACCAGCGCUUUGUCCUCGACGGCCUCGAUAUCCUGAUGGACGCCGUGAUGAUCGACGGCGUACGCCACCUCCGGGCCAUCAACCGCCACGGUGUGACAAAGAUGAUCCGCAACAUUUUGUCGCUGCAGCAGAACCUGAAAAACAUCGUGGCUGCGCCGCAGCGUGUCGACCUCGAACGCAGCAAAAAGUUCUGGGAGAUGCUCUCGCGCGAGCCGGAGCAGUGGCUUGCGAUGGUGCGACGUACCAAGGCGCAGCAUACGUUUGAGGAGUACAAGGCAGCGCUUGAUCUGUGCCUCGGCAUUGACAACGCACGCAAAGGCGAGCGGCCUGUGUCGGGCGUGCCGUUGCCGCGUAUUGCGCAUGCGGGCACGUCGUCCGAGCGCGAUGUCACGCAGCAGCGGUACAAUGAGCUGCUGAUUGAGCUGCACGAGGGCGUAGGUGCUACUAUGUAG